CUAAACCAGGUUCUUCUCUAAUAAAUCACUAGCAAAUUUGUAGAGGACCCGGAAAUUUUCCGGGUCGGAUCAUUAUGUUUUUCUCGAAUAUUUAGUAAAAGAAUACAAUCCACAGUCUGUCUGGACUCUGGUCUCACUGCAGUUCUUUGCAGGGAAUACGUCACAGUUUUGUGGCGUGAGUGGGUGACCCAUUCUUCGCAUUUCUCUCUCUUCCUCACUUCACUCCUUCACAGUUUCGCAGAUGUUGGAGUUAUGAUUGAGUAGGUGUAGCAGAUGUUAAAAGUUAAAACACUAUGACUGUGAGAUGGCCAAGACUUUUGACACCGACACACCUUUCUCAAAUUAUUCGGAACCAGAAAAACCCAUUAACAGCACUUCAAAUCUUCAAGGAAGCCAAAUACAAGUACCCCAGUUACUGUCAUAAUGGUCCAGUCUAUGCCACCAUCAUUGGCAUCCUUGGAAAUGCUGGUCAGAUUUGUGAGAUGAAAGAGGUGAUUGAUUGGAUGAAUGAGGACUCAUGUGAAUGCAAGGAUUCUGUCUUUGUUAAUGCAAUCAAAACCUAUGCAAGAGCUGGAUUGCUAGAUGAAGCAAUCUCUCUUUUUAAAAGAAUUCCUCAGUUCAACUGCGUGAAUAAGACAGAAUCUUUCAAUACCCUGUUGCAGAUAUUGGUCAAUGAAUCUAAGCUUGAAGCUGCUCAUCAUUUGUUCUUAGAGAGCUCUUAUGGGUGGGAAGUGAAGUCUCGAAUUAGAUCUUUGAACUUGCUCAUGGAUGCUCUGUGCCAGAGGGGUCGUUCUGAUCUUGCAUUGCAAAUCUUCUUAGAGAUGAAUUAUCAAGGUUGCUAUCCAAAUAAGGAAAGCUAUCGGAUUCUAAUGAAAGGAUUGUGUAAAGACGGGAGGAUGAAUGAGGCCACACAUUUGUUGUAUUCAAUGUUUUGGAGGAUCUCUCAGAAGGGUAGUGGUGAGGAUAUUGUAGUCUAUAGAACCUUGUUAUAUGCUUUAUGUGAUAAUCGGCAAGUUGAAAAGGCUGUGGAAAUUCUUGGUAAGAUUUUAAGGAAGGGGCUGAAGGCUCCUAAGCGCUGUUUCCAGCAUCUUGAUCUCAGUCAGUGUAGUAGUGGUGAAGAUAUAGAAGGCACCAAAUGCUUGAUUAAUGAGGCCUUGAUCAGAGGUGGGAUUCCCAGUUUGGCUAGUUAUAGUGCUAUGGCUAUUGAUCUUUACAAUGAAGGUAAGAUUAGUGAAGCUAACAAAGUUAUCAUUCAAAUGAAAGAAAGAGGAUUUAGGCCAACAAACAUAAUUUUUGAAGCCAAGGUUGCAGCAUUGUGUAGGGGAGGGAAUGUUGAUGAGGCAGUGAAGGUAAUUGAAGAGGAAAUGGAGGGAAAUUGUUUACCAAAUGUAAUGGCAUAUACUAUUGUGCUGAAAGGAUUGUGUAAUGAGAGGAAAUCAGUGCUUGCUGUUGGGUAUUUGAAGAAUAUGGCUAAGAAAUUGGGUUGCAAUGCAGACAAGGAAACUUACAGCAUUGUAAUUGAUGGGUUAUGUUGUGAAAGUAGAUAUCUUGAAGCAAGUCACGUGUUGCAGGAGAUGUUAAUAAAAUCAUAUUGGCCUUGUGUUGAUACUUAUAAUAGACUUAUCAGGGGUCUUUGCUCUGUGGGCAGGCAAUACGAAGCUCUUUUGUGGUUGGAGGAGAUGAUUAGCCAGGGUAUGAAGCCAGAACUUUCUGUAUGGAACUCGUUGGCAGCUUCUGUAUGUUCCAACAUGGCUGACAUUGAGAUACCAAGUAUAUCGGGAGUGUACUCAUGAUGAAGUUCAAUCAAACUCUCAAACUACAGUGCUCGAACGUAUCUAAAAGAGUAAAACAAGGAGAAGAAUGAAAAGCAACACUCCAAUCUAACAAGAUACAAAAGAAAGGCUUUAACUUCAAGGAUAGACCGUUUGCAUCCUCAGAACUUUUGGCAUUCUGUUCUUGCCAAAGACACCACAAGAUACAAUGCGGCAUAGCCUUCCAAAAGGCUAUAUUUCUAUGCCUUCGAAGGGUGAGUUUGGUUCAGUUUUUUGUAAAAGUGUAUAAUGAAAAAGUGGAGUUUUGUUAAAAGUGCAUAAUGAAAAAGUGGAGUUUCAAAAAGCCCAGUAUUUGGUAAAAGUUGUUAAAAAGUGCAUAAUGAAAAAGCUGAGUGUUUGGUCAGCACUUAUAAAAGUGGCAGUUUGA